GUGGGGCUGGCGGCCGGCGGCGGGCGGGCGGCUGAGGCACCGGGCCUGGUCCCCCAGCACCAUGGCCAAGACGGUGGCGUAUUUCUACGACCCCGAUGUGGGCAACUUCCACUACGGAGCUGGGCACCCGAUGAAGCCCCAUCGCCUGGCAUUGACUCAUAGCCUAGUCCUGCAUUAUGGUCUCUAUAAGAAGAUGAUCGUCUUUAAACCUUACCAGGCCUCCCAGCAUGACAUGUGUCGCUUCCAUUCGGAGGACUACAUCGACUUCCUGCAGAGGGUCAGCCCCACCAACAUGCAGGGUUUCACCAAGAGCCUGAACGCCUUCAAUGUGGGUGACGACUGUCCAGUGUUUCCCGGGCUCUUCGAGUUCUGUUCCCGUUACACAGGUGCAUCUCUGCAAGGAGCGACACAGCUGAACAACAAGAUCUGUGAUAUUGCCAUCAACUGGGCUGGUGGUCUACACCAUGCCAAGAAGUUUGAGGCCUCCGGCUUCUGCUAUGUCAAUGACAUUGUGAUUGGCAUCCUGGAGCUGCUCAAGUACCACCCUCGGGUGCUCUACAUUGAUAUCGAUAUCCACCAUGGUGAUGGGGUUCAGGAAGCCUUCUACCUCACUGACCGGGUCAUGACUGUGUCAUUCCACAAAUAUGGAAAUUACUUCUUUCCUGGAACAGGUGACAUGUAUGAAGUUGGAGCAGAGAGUGGCCGCUACUAUUGUCUCAAUGUGCCCUUACGGGAUGGCAUUGAUGACCAGAGUGUCCUUAAGGAUGAAUGGCCUUCAGAGGGACCACGAACCCCUGGAAUUUGUAUGCAAUAUAGUUACAAGCACCUUUUCCAGCCAGUCAUCAGCCAGGUGGUGGACUUCUACCAACCCACAUGCAUCGUGCUUCAGUGUGGAGCUGACUCCCUGGGCUGUGACCGAUUAGGAUGUUUCAAUCUCAGCAUACGAGGCCAUGGGGAAUGUGUUGAGUAUGUCAAGAGCUUCAAUAUCCCUCUCCUGGUGCUGGGUGGUGGUGGCUACACUGUCCGAAACGUUGCCCGGUGCUGGACAUAUGAGACAUCUCUGCUAGUAGAAGAGGCCAUUAGUGAGGAACUUCCCUAUAGUGAAUACUUCGAGUACUUUGCCCCGGACUUCACGCUUCAUCCAGACGUCAGCACCCGCAUCGAGAAUCAGAACUCACGCCAGUAUCUCGACCAGAUCCGCCAGACAAUCUUUGAAAACUUGAAGAUGCUGAACCAUGCACCUAGUGUCCAGAUUCAUGAUGUCCCCGCAGACCUCCUGACGUAUGACAGGACCGAUGAGGCUGAUGCAGAAGAGAGAGGUCCUGAGGAGAACUACAGCAGGCCAGAGGCACCCAAUGAGUUCUAUGACGGAGACCAUGACAAUGACAAGGAGAGCGAUGUGGAGAUUUAAGAGCAGCACGGAUCUGUGUACCCAGGAAUUCCUUUUCAUCUCUUGGGUGGGAAGGAAAGUUCCCCUCCCCCCCCCCAGUCCUGAAGUGGGUACCUCCAAGGCUUUUACUAACUCUGGUGAAGGGUUUGGAAACCACAUGUGGUUCUAGAAUCAUUUACCCCUUUUCCUCAAACUAUCAUAGCCUGAUAAUGGUCCCCAUUGGGGAUGAGACAGCACAGAUCUCUGAACAUUAUGGAUAAUGAGCUGUAGAGGCUAUUCCCCAGCCCCUCUGGCCCUGUAUUUGUUCCCUCCCUGCUUCCAACUCAGAGGCUUUUAGAGAUGAAAUUUUGACAGUACUAAGAUCACCUCUGAUGUCCUCCUGGGUUCCUCUGCUGCAGUUGUUGCUUCCGUGGUAGGUGAACAGUGAGGGGGAGGAGAGCCUGGCUUUCUGAGACCUUAACUGCAGACAGAGUACAGUGGCAAGUAGGGGAGGCUGUGAAGAUGUCCUGUUCUAACUGCCUUUUUGUCUGUUUUACCAGUUUUUAAUCCAAUAAACCAAUUGGUAUUUUUUUGUACCUUUCUGGGAAUUUUAAUUCUUGUUAGCUACCUAUGUAUGAUGGGAAAGGGAACUAGAGAUGAUGUUGUGUAUAAUAAAAUUGUUAACAUUCAUUCAGCACAUUA